AUGCUCCGCGAUGGUUUCGCUGGCCCCUCGGAGAAGACCGUGAAACCUCUUACGCCUGAAGCACUCGCUGCGUUCAAGGCUGCGCAGGAGAAAACCGGCGUGGUGUACAUCUCGCGCAUACCGCCCGGGAUGCGACCAACGAAGGUGCGACAUCUCAUGAGCGCGUACGGGGAGGUUGGAAGAGUGUAUCUGCAGCAGGAAGACGCCAAACGUGCAUACCUUCGCCGAAAAUACACUGCGACCAAGAAGGUACACUACACCGAGGGCUGGGUUGAAUUCAAGGACAAACGUGUGGCCAGGUCCGUCGCGGUGAUGCUGAACGCCCAGCCCAUCGGAGGGAAGAAGGGUUCGAGAUGGAGGGAUGACGUAUGGACCAUGAAGUAUCUGCCCAAGUUCAAGUGGAAUAUGUUGACGGAGCAGAUCGCGCAUGAAGCUGCUGUGCAUGCUGCGCAGCUCCGAGUCGAGCUUUCUCAGUCGAGGAAGGAGCAGAGGGAGUACCUGAAGAACGUCGAGCUAGCUCGCGUUCUAGACAAGCGUGCGAAGCUGAAGGCAGUGGGCAAUGACGGCUCAAGGGGCGCUGACGGCGAGGAGACUAGGCCACAGAAGGUGUCGAAGAAGGAACAUGGGGACGUGUCUCCCAAGACAGCGCCUCGAGAGAAGCGCAGAAAACCCAAGCAGACUGAACCAAAACCAGAUGCGGAGGCGCAACUGGACUCUGUGUUGGGUAGCAUAUUCUAG